UCCCUGUCUGCAUGCUGGAAUAUACGCAUUGUCUCUUUCCGCUUUCCCCGCACGGCGUCUUUUCUCCCCGCCGAGUUCCUCUUCCUCCGCAGCGCAAUCCGAAGCGCUCCAUUUCCCCGCUCAUCAUAUUCCGCCCAUCAUAUCAUCGCCAUUGUUUCUUGAUCAAUUGCGGCGAGUUGCUCGCACACAUCGGUUCUGGACCCUAAGCAGGAAUUGGAAGCAGGAAUUGGAUUGCAAGUCCUUAGACAAACAACAUUAACCGAAAUACAGGAGAGGCGGUCACUAGACACGAUGGUGGCAGUUACAAAGGCUAUGCGGAUCAGGAAUCCGGCUCUCUUCAUCUGCGAUGUUCAAGAGAAGUUCAGAACUGCUAUUUAUGAAUACCCCAAGUUGAUCGCUACAUCUGAGAAACUCCUUAAAGCCUCCGCCCCGCUUCAAAUUCCUGUCUUCGUAACGACGCAAAACCGCGCUCGUCUAGGGGAAACUGUCUCCGAACUACAGCCAUACCUCACCGGCCCAAACCUGCGCGCCGACGUGGACAAGACUUUAUUCUCGAUGAUCACGCCUAAGAUUCGCGCUCUGCUCCCGGAGACAUCCCCUACUACCAGCAACGGUAGCUCUGCGGCUGCUUCUGGAAACAAUACGCCGCUUGACGUUAUCAUUGUGGGCAUCGAGACGCACAUCUGCGUCACCCAGACGACCUUGGAUCUGCUGGCUCUUGGACACAGAGUAUAUGUUGUUGCCGAUGGAGUGAGUAGUUGCAAUGAGGGAGAGAGGGGGAUUGCAUUGGCGCGGUUGCGAGAUGCAGGCGCGAUCGUUACGACCAGUGAGAGUCUUCUCUUUGAGAUUCUAGGAGAUGCAAAGAGGGGAGAGUUCAAGGCUGUUAGUGGACUGGUGAAGGAUACGAAGGAGCAGACGAAGGGGGCUUUGGAGGUUUUCUGUAAGAUCUGAACGAGUACACAAUGAAGUUAAUAGGAAGACAGGAAAUAUACAAAUCGUUAGAGCUAUCUUGCGAUUGAACCUUAUCUAUGCUAUCUCUUUUUUAUCCCUUCUCCGGGGACAGAUGGUGACGUAAAUCCAAAAGGAAA